UGCCACGGCAACCGGCGGGUAGACAAGGCCCGAGCCGCGCCGAUGCCGAAGCUGCCGCUGCCGCUGUCGCCGGUGCCCGAGCAGGAGACCGACGUCGGGGAUCGCCUUCCCAGUCGCGGUACUCCUGCUCCCGCUCGUCUGGGCAGCGCCGGCUCCGGCGGCUCAGCGACUUUUUCAAGGCCCACUGACGAGCCCCAGACUGUACAUGAGGAAAGUGGUCCCUGUUACCCAGAGAAUGCUGGGAAUGAUUCUGAAGAGGAGAUGGAGGAGGAGGAAGAGGAGGAGGAAAGGGAUGAAGACUGGGACACAGACCUUGAAAUAGAAGAUUCUAAGACAUCUCAUGAUCCAACAGGAAAAGCCAAAUAUCUCAAAACCUGCCGGAUGCAAGGCGUCGUUCCCAUCUCGUAUUUUUUACGCCACAUGAAAGAUUCUGAACUGACCCUGAAGCACUACGGCCUUGGACCCAAGGGAGCCAUAGCUCUAGCUCCUUCCUUGGCGAACAACACAUCCAUUGUGAAGUUAAACCUGAGUGACAACUGGCUGAAUGGAGAUGGAGCAGCAGCGGUGGCCGAGAUGUUGAAAGAAAAUUGUUACAUUUCAGAUGUUGAUUUGUCAGAGAACAGGCUUGGAGUGAAAGGGGCGAAGGCUUUGUCCUCCAUGCUUGGGGAGAAUAGGACACUACUAACCCUGAAGCUCUCUGGAAAUGAAUUAGAUGAGCGUGCAGCCAAAUACCUAGCAGAUGCUUUUGUGAUCAACAACAAAGUGGAGUCCCUCGAUCUGAGUCAUAACAUGCUUGAAGAGCUGGCAGGCGUGGUUCUUGGAGCAGCGAUUGCAGAAAACGUCGGCCUGAAGGAGCUUGAUCUCAGCUGGAAUCACUUCCGGGGCAAAGGAGCAGUUGCUAUUGCCAAAGGCUUAGGGGGCAACAUCUUCCUUCGGGUGCUGGACCUUUCGUACAACGGCUUUGGCAACGGCGGAGCGGCUGCCCUGGGUGAGGCCCUGAAAGUCAACAACGUGCUGGAGGAGCUGAACAUUGGGAACAAUCGUAUUUCUCUGGAAGGAGCCCUCUGCCUAGCUUUGGGCCUGAAAGAAAACAAAACCCUGAAGAUCUUCAGCGUGGCCAGGAACCCCAUUCAGAGCGAUGGCUGCAUUGGGAUCCUCAAAGCCCUCCAAGCAAAUCCUAGAGCUGCCUUGGAAGUCUUGGAUUUUUCAGAGAUUGUCGUCAAGCAGGACUUUGCAGGGCUUUGCGAUGGCGUCCAGGUAAUUUUCCCGAGCCUUCAGAUCAAGCACAACUGGAGCAGCCGCUCGUUCAAAACAGACCCGUCUAAGACCCUCCCUCCCUCCACUAACUGGACAACAUAUGGCAGUGUAAUAGAUAUUGGAAGUGGCAUUUGAAGCAGUGGUCGCUCUCAAGGACCCCAUAUGGUUUUCUGAGAAGACACCCCAGCUAUGGACAGCUCUGGGAAGGAUUGCUCAUCUUUCCUUCCUUGGCUACCUGCAAAGUGAGGAAGGAGCCCAUUAGGGGACCCUCUGCGCUUCCAUUUGCUGACAAAUAAUGGUGUGUGUGUGAGAGGGGGGGGGCUGUGCUGUUUCUCCCCGUCUUUUAGCAUCUGUUAAAAACACUUUCGUUUAGACAGGGCUACUCAGAUGUUUAGAAGUUCGAUGUGAUUUUUAAUCUGCUUUUGAUCUAUUGCUAUUUUAACUUUUUGAAAGUUGUAAAUCAUUGCUGUUAAUAUUUCUUAUCCAUAACAUUAUCAUUUUGUCCUCUUUGUAAAUUGCUUUGAGGGUUUUUGGUUUGUUUCCUUUUUUAGAAUCGAGAGGUGUAUACAUUUUUAUGCAUAAAAAUAAACUCGCAGCCAAGGAACAGGAAAAAAA